AUUCCUCAUUCACUAAGAGAGAAAAUAUACGGAGAAUUACACGGUUCACACUUCGGGGUAGUAAAAAUGAAGGCAAUCGCGCGCGAAAGAUUGUGGUUUCCGGGAAUCGACGCGGCGCUCGAGCGGUUGGCAGCCGCGUGUAGCGUGUGCGCGCAACUGCGACCCGCGCCUCCCCGCGCGCCUCCCUCGCCGUGGCCGUAUCCGCCGCAUGCAUUCUAUAGAAUUCAUUUGGAUUUUCUUGGACCGUUUCAUAACCAGAUGUUUUUAGUUAUAGUUGAUGCAUUUUCCAAGUGGGUCGAAUGUUACACUGUUAGUACAUCAUAUGGAUCAAAAACCGUUAUAAGUAAAUUAUGUGAUUUUAUGUCUAGAACAGGGGUGCCGCACACGUUGGUGACGGACAAUGGCACUUCCUUCACGUCUAGGGAGUUUGUAAAUUUUUGCAAUAUAAACGGUAUUCAACAUGUAUUAUCGCCGGCAUAUCAUCCGUCAAGUAACGGCCAAGCCGAAAGUUUCGUAAAAAUAAUAAAGAAAGGUUUAAAAACCAUAAUUUUGCAAGGUAACACUAAAAUACCUCUUCAAGAAAAAAUUGCUAAGUUUUUAUUUGAUUAUAGAAACUCCAAAAAUAGUACCACAGGUAAAUCUCCGGCGGAAGUGUUGUAUGGUCGACCUUUGCGUUCACGUUUGGACUUGAUUAAUCCCUUGCAAGUCGCUUCGACAUCCACUGAUCUUUCGUUGACCGUAAGGAAAAAUCAGUCCUUACAGAGUAAUCAUAAGGGAGGAAGGAAAAGACCAAAAUUUAAGAUAAAUGAGGUUGUUUGGAUUAAGCGAUUUUUAGGAAACGACAAAUAUUGUUGGGUUCAAGGCAUAAUUAAGGAAGAGAUUGGGAAUGUCAUGUAUUCGGUGUAUAUAUCGGAACUAAACUGCAGGGUUAUUCGACACAUCGACCAGAUCAGACGGUUUCGAGCUGAAGACGAUGAUGAGGUACCAAACAAAACAAAUGAUUGGCACUCGGACAUAGAAACAGACGACAGCAGCUUAUUGCCGCAGCCGGAACCUACAGGCGCAUCGGGAGAGACUAUAGUUCCCGUAGGCCCACAAUCACCAACAUCUGCGGAAGAGGCUCAUAUUGGAGAAAGGGAAGGUACUAGUGUUGUGCCAUUAGCCUCACAGUCGCAGUCUACACCAGUUCAUUCUAGAUUAAUGAAUCUCGACCCACCAGCACCACCUGACACAGUGGAAAGUAGUGAGGAUGUUUUAGAACCUGACCAGCAAAAGCAAAGAUCCAAACGCCGCGUUAGGCCUGUUAAAUGA